UAUUGAUUAUAUUUACUUGAUGUAGAAACACCUAUGAUUGCACUCGAAAAAUCACAUACUAAGAAAAUGAAUUUGAAAAUAACCGUUUUAGUGUUUAUUUUUGCAAUCACACUAACUGAAGCCUAUAAGAGUUAUGAAAACUAUAAAGUGUACAAAAUCGUGCCAAAAACAACUGAACAUGUGCAAGUUUUAACAGAUUUACCUAAAGAAGAGUAUUAUUUUUGGUCCGAUAUAGUUAAAAUAGACAGUGAUGUUAGAAUUUUAGUAUCACCAAACAAGAAUACGGAAUUCGUAAAGUAUAUGGCAAGUGUAAAAAUAGAACCAGUUUUGGCGAUAUCUAAUGUGCAAGAAUUAAUACGGGCUCAGAUGCAACCUUCUCAUACAACAAAAAGCAGCAAACUCGGCUCUUUCAGCUGGGAUCAAUACCACAAUUUAGACGAAAUCCACACAUGGCUGAAUGAGCUAGAAAAAAUGUAUCCUGAUAUUGUAACCGCUAUAACCAUUGGCCGGUCUAAUGAAGGUAGAAAUAUAACAGGAGUCAUAAUAGACUUCAAAGCUGGUGCUAGGGGUAACAAUUCUCUAACAGGAAUGAUUGAAGGUGGAAUUCAUGCCAGAGAAUGGAUCUCACCAGCAACAGUUACGUGGAUUAUCAAAGAGUUUUUAACUAGCAAGGACCCUGAUGUUAGAUUUAUGGCAGAAACAUUUGUAUGGCAUAUCUUCCCUGUUAUAAAUCCGGAUGGAUACUCUUACACUUUUACGGAUAACCGUAUGUGGAGAAAAAAUCGUAAUCUUCUAUACAAUCCCAACUGUACAGGAAACUGGGACUUAGGUAAUGGUAUAGACUUGAACAGGAAUUUUGAUUUCUUAUGGAACACAAUUGGCGCAUCAUCAAAUCCCUGUGACGAAACCUACGCUGGACCCUCUCCUGCAUCAGAACCUGAAACCAAAGCCAUAGUUGAUUAUGUUCUGAAGUUGAAGGAAGCUGGCAAUCUGAUGUACUAUCUGGCAUUCCAUUCCUACUCCCAAAUGAUUCUAAUACCCUACAGCCAUUUGUCUGGUACUAAUGUUCUGGAUUUGCCCAACUAUGGAGAUUUGUACGAGAUCAGUAUACGGGGUGCGGAGAAGUUAAAACAAAAAUACGGCACUGAAUACGAGGUUGGAACUUCAGCGGAUAUUUUAUACCCUGUAACAGGAGCCAGCUUUGACUGGGUCAAAGGAAUAGGCAACGCCACUAUAGUUUACCUAUUCGAGCUUCGAGAUAAAGGCGAAUAUGGAUUCCUCCUACCGAGUAGUCAAAUCAUUCCAAACAAUGAAGAAAUCAUGGAAUGCUUAGUGGAAAUGGAUAAAGGAGCUAGAAAACUGGGAUAUUACUCUGGAACAUCUAAUUUAUAUGCUUCUUUGCUGUCUUUGGUGUUCAGUGUUGGAUUUUUAACAAUUUGUCAGUAAUAAAGACCUUGCUUUAAUA